AACGUGCAAUUCGAGAAAUGUUGUAUGCACCAAAAAAACAAAAGUCGUCAAAUUCAGUAAACAACAAAAACGAAGGUUUGAUCGUUUGAUUUGAAAUUCCCAGCUUCGAAUUCUCAGCAAAAUCGCCAUGUUUGCGAAGCGUCUGUUGCAGAAAGCUGCACAUCAUUCUCAGAAAAAUGUGCAUAGCAAUGUGAUGUUACCAAACUUGGAUGUGCAAAUUGCUAUUCAUUAUGGUAUCCCAUCUACUGCAUCAGUUCUUGCGUUUGACCCCAUUCAGAGCCUAUUGGCCAUUGGAACACUGGAUGGUAGGAUAAAAGUGAUUGGUGGUGAUAAUAUUGAAGCUCUUCUGAUUUCCCCAAAGCAUUUGCCUUACAAAUACUUAGAGGUUUGUAAGUUCAACAAAAAAACUGAUUCCAAAGUUUGCAAAUUAUUGCAUCAUCUAUAAAAUGUAUAUUCAAUA